AUGAAAAAGCAAGACCAACGAAGCCAGAUGAUUUUGUGGAUCAGCGGAGAUCCUGAUGAAGAACCGGAGGUGUACGUCGAGCAAGUAAUGACGUUAGGUGCAGCAUGUUCGCCGUGUUGCGCGCACUACGUCAAGAACAAGAAUGCGGACAGAUUCGUGGAAGAUUAUCCAAGGGCAGUCGAGUGCAUCAAACACGAACACUAUGUCGAUGACAUGUUGACCAGCGUUGAGACUGAAGAGGAAGCGGUGAAAUUUGCGAGCGAAGUCCGAUCCAUUCACUCACAGGGUGGCUUCGAAAUACGUAACUGGUUGUCAAAUUCAUCAGCAGUCGUCAAGCGUCUACACGAAAACAGUACCACAGAGAAGGACAUGAGCCUUUGUGCGUUCAUGGCAACGGAAAAGGUGCUAUGCAUGUGGUUGGAUACUGCCACCGAUUCGUUUACGUUCCGAUUGUCACCGAAGCACAAUGUGGACUUGCUUUCCGGAACCAGGAUGCCUACCAAACGCGAAGUCCUGCGUAUAUUGAUGGCGAUUUACGACCCUAUGGGACUCAUCUCCAACUUUCUCAUCUACUUGAAGAUCCUACUGCAGGAAAUAUGGCGAGCCGGAUGCGGCUGGGAUGAUGAAAUCGACGGGAAGCUAGGCGAAAGAUGGAUAACCUGGGUAGAAGCGUUGCCGAACGUCCAACAAGUGAGCGUACCUCGCUGUUACCGCAAUGUGACAACUGCCGAGCCUACGAAUACCGUAGAAUUGCAUAUUUUCUGCGAUGCGAGCGAAAACGGAAUGGCUGCCGUGGCUUACUUCAGGUUCGAAGAAGAAGGAAACAUGGAGUGCGCGCUGGUUGGCUCAAAAACAAAGGUGGCCCCUUUAAAAUUCCUCUCGAUCCCACGACUUGAAUUACAAGCGGCCGUAAUAGGCGCUCGUCUAGCUGAAUGUAUCACUAACUCACAUCGUAUGAAAAUAUCGCGGCGGGUUUUCUGGACCGACUCCCGUGAUGUGAUAUGCUGGCUCCGUUCUGAUCACCGACGCUACAGCCAAUUUGUGGCAUUCAGGAUCAGCGAGUUACUAGAUACAACACAAGUAAAUGAGUGGAGAUGGAUUCCGACCAGAAAGAACGUAGCUGACAAUGGGACGAAGUGGGCACGGUUACUGGACUUUCAGCCAAACAGUCGUUGGUUCCGUGGACCCGAUUUUUUGUGGGAACCUGAAAGCGAAUGGCCUGGCGAUGGCGGAGAUCAAGGCUCAACCACGGAAGAAAUCCGUCUCAGCGUUCUCCGGCAUACAAUCACCGAACCUUUAGUAUGUUUUCAACGCUUCUCCAAAUGGAAACGGCUGCUGAGGACUGUUGCAUACGUUCAUCGCUUUGUGGUGAAUCUUCAUAAGCGUAUCAAUAGAACAGAAACAGAACUUGGCCCGCUAACGCAGAAGGAGUUGAAUCGUGCCGAGAGCAUCAUCUAUCGACACGUUCAACAGCAAGCAUACCCGGACGAAAUCCAACUGGUCUGCAGCAGUAAUCCAGAGGCGCAGCCAUGGGAGCGUACUUUGCCGAAGACUAGCCCGGUAUAUAAGCUCAGCCCAUUCAUCGACGAGCACGGUGUUCUACGGAUGCGUGGACGUAUCGAUGCUUGCGAGUAUGUAGAUGAAUCUACCAAGAAUCCAAUCCUUCUGCCCAGGCGCAACUACGUAUCCGAUCUAGUGCUCGCCGAUUACCACGCUAGAUACCGUCACCAGAAUCACCACACUGCGCUGAACCAGAUUCGACUAAAGUACAACAUCCCCCGUCUUCGUACAGACUUCGAACGAGUUCGCAGAAACUGUCAGCGUUGCAAAAUUUGGUAA